AUGUCUGAAGAACCUGCUGAAAAUCCGCAACCUGAAAAUACAGAAGUUGAGGAGAAUCAUAAUGAGGAAGAAGCUCAGGCUGAGCAAACAGAAACUGUUGAAAAUACAGAACCGUUAUUUGAAACUGAGAACGAGAAAGUCAAGCCAAUGCCACAAAGAAUAGUUCAACCUGUCACUGAUAGUCUAGGUGAUAUCCAGCAUAUCAGAAGUGAGCUCUACGCGCAAGUACAGACUAUUCAACACCAACAAGAAUCAAAAUUCCACAACCUUGAGUCUCAAUUAAAUGAUAUGGAGCGAACCAUUCAACCAGAAAUACAAAAACUCGAGCAUGCUCAAGAAGAAUCAAAGCAACAACUCAAUCGCGCAAGAGAUAAAUUAAAUUCUAUUCAAACUGAUGAAUUAAUACCACUUAGACGCCAAUACGAUCAACUUUCCUCAAACUUUGAUCGUUUUGUUCGCAUGGAUAUUGAAGCAAAACUUAAACCUUUACAAGAAGAUAUUAAAUCUUCAAAGAGCAAAGUAAAUGAGCUUUUGUUAUCUACACAAACAAGCUUUUCCAAAGUCGAUUCGUCCUUAGAGAGUAUAUCUGCGAAAAUUGAAGAAUCUCAGAAUAAUUUGAAAUCUCAACAAGCAAAAAUCAAUACUCAAUUUGACUCUUACGUUCCUAAGAUUGGUGCCUUAACGCAUAAAGUCCAGCUUCUUCGCGAUCUGCUUCAAGAUUCUCCAGCUCUAGGAUCUGGACAAACAACCGUUUCUACAUCUCUUGAAUCAACAAAGGAAUAUAUUACUCGACUUACAGAGCAGGUUAUUCCUCAGAAGAUUCAGGCAACAGCCGUUCAUUUUGAUGAAGCUCACGUUCAAUUAGAUCAAUAUGUUGCUCAAAGAGUAGAAAAGGUCAAAGCCGAUCUGGAAAAGAUAAAAGACAAGAAUUCGCAAGUUAUUACUUCUUGGGGUAAAACAGAAGAAACUAUUGAUAAUUUACUUCAAACAUCAGACGCUACUAAAGAUAGUCUUAAGAAUCUUCAAGAUAACGUGAAGAUAAAACUCCAGCGAUUAUCAUUCGAAGUCGAAUCAUCUUUAGGAGGUCUUGAAGCAAGAUCUAAAGAUAUGUCCACAGAAAACAGCAACGCAAGCAACAGUUUGAACACUAAAGUUGAAGAUGAAAUAAGCUCAAGAAGGAAACAAGUUGAUAUGUCAUGUCGUAGAGUUGUUGAUCAAAUCAGAAAAGAUUAUUCUUCAGCGGAAAGAGCUCAAAACAGAGCGAUACAGAGGAUAAAUGAAUUGGAAGACACAUUGGAAGGCGAAGGAAACAUUGUUGGCAAGAUGCGUGAUAUUAAAAUGAAAUUAAAUAAUGUUGUCAACACAAUUGAGCUUACAAAUGAACAGAGGAUGGCUGAUAAACAGAAAGGAGCAUUACCUAUCAACAUUCAUAACAGAUUGGCUGCUUUAGAAGCAAGAAUGCUUGCAGGAGAAGAAAGAUUAGCUAAAUUGGAUGGAAAAGGUGCAUUUAGGAACCCCCAUAAGAUCGUCCCAUCUAACGAAAAGAUCGACUUAUUGCCACAACCAGCUGGAGAGGGUAAUGACUUAGAUCGCGCUUUGUAUGUAAAUAAUCAAAGCAUGUCUGUAGCUGCAAGCGCUUCUAUAUCAAGUAGACCAUCAGAAGAGCCAAAGGCUGAAGAACCUAAACCUGAAAAAGAGGAAAAUAAGGCAGAAGAAGAAAAACCAGAAAAAGAAGAGAAUAAAUCUGAAGAAGAAAAAACUGAAGCGGAAGCCGAAGUUGAUGUAUCAAUUAAGAUGUCUGAAGCUGUUGAUUCUAAAUCAAAGAAGCAACAGAAGAAGAAAGCAGAAGAAGAUGACGAAGAAGAGGAAGAAAAGCCAAAGAAAAAGAAGAAGAAAGCCCCAGCGCCAAAAGUGAAUGAAGAUGAAUAA